AUGGCGAGUUUGCUGAGCAUCUCCCACGUGGCAAGGAAAACGCCAGUGGUGAUGGCGAUUUCGUACCAGCUGCAAGUUGCCAGCUCUUCUGGCGAGUUUAUUGAGUGGGUAGGUUGCUGUUGUAGUGGGAGUUGCAUUGAUGUGGUGAAGCCUGAAGAGGAAAAGGCUGAAGUGUGCAACAUGGCUCCCAUUUGCAGGGAUGACCAUUUUCAUUUUCAGCAUCCAGUUAGAACAAAGGCUUGUGAGGCUCUUGCUCAGCUUCCUUUUGCAUUGUCUCUGUAUUCUGGGAAUCAAUUGGAACCCAAGUUUUGGUCCCUAUUUUUGGUGGUCUUAUUGAGCUCUUCACUGAAUUUGAUUCCAAUGGAUAUGAAUAUCAUAGAGCUCAUAACAGCACAUGGUUGUGUCUCUUCAGAGCAAGAAACCAUAUCUGCACAGAGCUACACCAGUCUGAACAUCAAUGAACAUCUGCCAUUAAGGGAACAAUACUCACAGUGGUGUUCACCACACAUUAUCUCUCCUAUCCCCAAAACUAAAAUGCCCAAGUACAACAAAACUUCAGGGAAACGGCAGAGAGGUUUGACAUCCCAUUGUAGCAAUGAUGACGAUGAUAAAUCAAAAUCGGUCAAGGAGUCUCAGAAGGAAGUUUACCAGGCUAAAAAUCUUGUCACAGAGAGGAAUAGGAGGAACAAGAUAAAGAAAGGGCUUUUUACUCUGCGGUAUCUAGUCCCAAGGAUAACCAAGAUGGAUAGAGCUGCAAUUCUUGCCGACGCGGUUGACCAUAUAAAGGAAUUGCAAAUGCAAGUAAGAGAACUUAAAGAUGAGGUCAGGGAAUUGGAAGAACAGGAAUGCGAGAAGAACACACCACAAUUGAGGAUAACAAAAGCCAAAAAACAAGAAGGAACCGGAAGUAACCCUCCUCUUAAUCAAAGUUCUUCUGGUUGCACUAAAAAGAUGCAAAUGGAGGUACAAGAGUUUGCAUAACCUCCUCACUGUUCUCUCUAAAUCAUAGAUGAAACUAAAUUUCAAUACAUCCUGUCUUUGUGACUCUAAGUAAUCUUUAACACGUUAGCAGGU